AUGGACGUUACCGCGGAAACAUUCCCGUUGAGUUCGUCUUUUCAAAACAAGCUAUUGGCUAUGAGGGACGAAAUCCUCCAAGGGAGAGGUUUCGCAGUGCAAAGAGGACUGACCGUGGGGCGAUAUUCGAACAAAGAUAUUUGCACAAUAUUUUGUGCGAUUGGAAAAAUAAUGGGCAUACCAGUGAGCCAGAAUAAAUUCGGUCACGUGUUAGGGCACGUCUAUGAUUUAGGAAAUGAUCCGCUUUCGCCUUCAACACGACUGUAUACGACCAGCGCUGCGCAACCUUUCCAUACUGAUUCUGCAGAUAUAGUUGGGUUGCUCUGUAUUCGAAAUGCCCCAGUGGGAGGUGACUCCCAAUGGGUAUCCUCUGUUCGCUGCUACGAAGAGAUAAAGAGAGAGCGAGCAGAUUUAGCAGAAGUUUUGUUGCAACCGUUUUUUGUUUCUCGAAAAGGCGAGAUACCACCGGGAUGCGGGCCUACUUACGAGAUGGCUGUCUUUCACGAAGUAGAAGACGAUCGAACGGGCGAGAAAAAUAUAAUCGGUAUCUACGAUCGAUCCUUCAUAGACGCAGCUCAGACGAUAGAGGGAACUCCAAAAUUAACUAGUUUACAAAUCGAAGCCUUAAACUACCUCGACGCGCUCUGCGUAAAACGACAGAUUGAGAUGCGCUUACAAUCUGGAGACAUCCAAUGGCUGCACAACCACACGACUUUCCACGCGCGCAGCGCUUUCAAAAAAAGCGAGUUCCCGAGACAUUUAUUGCGCCUCUGGCUUUCGCCCGAAAACGGAAUUAAACUCCCAGACGCGUUCAAAACGAGAUUCAACUCGACUGAACGAGGGAGUCCAAACCGCGGCGGCAUCAAAAUCAAGGACGAUGUGAAACUCGUUUGCCCGUUAGAACCGUAG